UUCAAAAAAUAUUUUGUUAGAAUCAGGAUAUCCGGUAAGCAAACAAAAUAACCCAAAAUAUCAACAAGUCCUAUUGUAUUUACAAACAAAAAUUUAUUAGGAAAAGCAAAACAAAAACAACUUGAAAAGAUAAACAUUUCCAGCUGACUUCAUUUUUAUUGUUUACCAAGAGACUAAACAAGAAAUGAAUAAUUACAUAGCAAGAAACCGUUAUUGAUCAAACAAAAUAUUUCAUAAAUUUUAGGACAUUUACAAUUCUUAUUAUUAAUUGAAACUAAAUUUCUUUAAAACAAAAUGGAUGAUAAAACAAUUGAUAUGAUAUUCACCGGCUCACUGGAGUCCUUGCCACCAGUGAGUUCAAAAAUUGUACGAAUCUUCACAAGUUCAACUUUUACAGAUACUACAAUGGAACGAAAUACUUUGAUGGCCAAAUGUUAUCCUAGAAUCAAGGAUUAUUGUCGUGAAAAACAUGGAUUAGAGUUUCAAGUUGUUGACAUGCGUUGGGGCGUUCGUGAUGAGGCUACCGAUGAUCACAUGACAACCGAGCUGUGCAUGCGUGAAAUUGCAAAUUGUCAACGCUUAUCAAUGGGUCCGAAUUUUGUUGUUUUCCUUGGUCAAAAAUACGGAUAUAGGCCUAUUCCAACAUACAUUUUUUCAGCUGAAUUACAGUUAUUAAGAGAUGAACUAACAUCAAUGGGAGUUGAGGGAGCUUUACUUGAUCUUUGGUAUAAAAAAGAUAGCAACGCUGUUCCCCCUAUUUCAGUAUUGCAACCAAUUUCGUCGAUUUUAAUCAAUUUUAACAAUAAGAGGGUUCCAAAACUUCAAGCUGAAGACCAAGCUGUUUGGUGGGAUACACUGAAUAAAAUGCAAAAACUUCUCCGAAAAGCUGCUCUUUCACUGAACACAAACGGCAAAAUGGACAAGGAAACAAUGCAUAACUACUUCAUGUCAGUAACUGAAAGGGAAGUCAUCAAUGGAAUUCUGAAUGUGAAAAACACGAAAAAUCACUGCUUGGCCUACGUUCGUUACAUUAACAAUAUCAAUCUUCAGAAUUUGAAGAAGGCUUCACUUUUUGUGGAUAUCAUCAAUCGGAGUCUUGACACUGAGUCUUCAAAACUUCUGGCAAAUCUGCGUGAUGAGAGACUUCCGAAUAAGAUCGAAACAACCAAUAUGCAAAAGUACACAGUAGAAUGGAUAGGCCGUGAAGGUCUAGACAUUGAGACUCAUGAGGAGUACCUCAAUCAUUUUAUUGCCCAUUUCUAUAAGAACAUCGUUAAGCUGGUGGACCGGGCGAUGCGCAAGGAAGACUCCAGUGCACAGGGGCAAAUAGUAACUGAGAUCCUUCAGCAUUUGCACGCUUGUAAUAAUUCGGUAAAAGUAUUCUAUGGUCGUGAGGAAAAUCUCGAACAUAUCAAGCGCUAUAUGCUGGGGGAUUCAGAUAAGCCACUUGUCCUUUACGGCGAAGGAGGUUGUGGUAAGACCUCAUUGUUGGCCAAAAGUGCUUCAUUAGUGGCAAGUGAUUGGUUUGUUACAAAAAGACCAAUAAACAUAAUAAGAUUUCUCGGUACAACACCUGAUUCGAGUGCCCUUACACCGACAUUGAUAUCAAUAUGUCAACAAAUAUCAUAUAACUACAUGUUACCUUUUGAGAAUAUACCCGACGAUUUAGUACCUUUAACAGCACAUUUUAAGCAAUUGUUAACUUAUGCAAGUCCCGCACAACCUUUAACACUUUACCUUGAUUCUGUUGAUCAAUUAACAGGUACACAAGACGCAAAUAAAGUUUCCUGGAUACCAACCAGAUUACCACCACAUUGUAAGAUUAUCAUUUCUUGCGCCAAUGAAGAAACAAAUCCCACAGUUUCUCAAGAAUAUCACGUUCUCUGUAAAAUGAUCGAUAUCGAAGAGAAUUUCAUUGAAGUAACUGCCUUGGGUGAGGACCUCGCGAUGAAUGUCAUCAAAAUGUGGAUGAAGACAGCUUGCCGGGAUUUGAAUAACUAUCAGUGGCGUUUGGUGGCAAAUGCCAUAAGCAAGUGUUCCUUGCCAAUUUUCGUAAAAUUGGUCUUUGCUGAGAUAUGCCGUUGGCGAAGCUACACCCGACCACAGGAAACCCAUUUGGCGUCGACUGUCAUGGAUUCGAUUAUGAUGCUUUUUGAAAGAAUCGAAAAGCAGCACGGGAGAAUUCUGGUAUUUCAUGCCCUAGCCUAUAUCACCGCUGCUAAAUCAGGAUUGUCUGAGAGUGAAUUGGAAGAUUUGAUAUCACUUGAUGACAAGGUAUUGGAUGAUGUAUAUCAGUACCAUUUGCCCCCUGUUCGCAGAAUUCCCCCUCUUUUGUGGACUCGAAUCAGAAAUGAUUUACCCAACUAUUUGAGCGAGAGGGAAGCCGAUGGAGUAAAUGUGAUGAAUUGGUACCACAGGCAAUUUCGAGAUACUGCCAAGGAGAGGUAUUUCAAAAACAUGAACAUGGCUAUGUAUUUCCAUUCCAUGAUUGCUGACUACUACUUGGGAAUAUGGGGAGGUGGCGUUCCCAAGCCGUUUAAGUUCACGGAAAUUCAAAGGCACAGAUUUAAUUUGACUGAUAAAGAAGGUUCCGCUGAUCGUAAGGUUCCAGUUCAACCGCUUAUGUUUGCCAGCAAGGAUGGUUCAGUUACGCGGUAUAACUUAAGAAAGUUCGGUGAACUUCCCUUUCACUUUGUUCGAUCUCGACGUUUUAAGGAUCUCUUUGUCCAUGUUCUCUUCAAUUAUGAAUGGCUUCAUGCCAAGCUUUCCAGUUGCCCCUUGCAGGCAGUUUUAGCCGACUUUGAAGACGCUUCAGCAAAUACCGAUGACAAAGAAGCCAAACGAGAACUCAUGCUGGUAGCCGAUGCCUUGCGCCUUGGGGGAGCUAUAUUGGCGGUGUAUCCGAAUAUGUUGGCUCCACAGUUGGUGGGCCGUUUGUUGCCAGAAAUCGGAGGAAAUGCAAACAUAAAAAUGCUACUUAGAGCUUGCGACCGAUGUGGACCCAAGGAUUGUUCUUUGAUUCCAGUAAAUCAUUGUUUGCAUACUCCUGGUGGGCCCUUAAAGUACUCCCUCGAAGGUCAUCAAUUUGCAGUUUUUGCUUUCUGCCUAACCAGUGACUAUCGCUAUAUGGUUUCGAUUUCAACACAUUUCAUAACUUUUGAUCUUUCAACAUCGGAUUUGACAAGGGAUGUUAAUCCUGGAAUUGAGGGAAUAAUGCAACAGCUAGUUCUGAGCCAGGAUAAUAAAUGGGCGGCGGCUUAUUCGAAUAACAACCAAACGGUUUUGUUGAAUACGCUAUCGAGUGAAUUUGUUGUAAUUGAUAAUCCAUUUGAGGAACAGGACCAAGUCACAGGAUUGUAUCUCUUGAACUAUAGCCUCUUUGUAAAUACGAAAUUGAAGUGGGCGCGAUUCGACAUGAGAGGAAAUCUAAUGGAACAAUUUUCAGCACCAAGUGAUGCAGCUAAUUGGGAAAUAUUAAGCAUGGAAUUUUUCACAACUGAAGAAAACAACAUUAUUUAUUGGACGGGAAAAAUAAGUGAAACACGAUUGAGGCUAGACUCGACAAGAGGUCCGAAUAGAAGUGAACCAUUACUUUUCCACAGCGCUUUAGCCAUUAAUAGACAGCGAAAUAAAAUAUAUUGUUGUGCUACAGACGAUAUUUACCAAGUCAGUGCCUUCGAAUUCAACAUAGAUACAACUACCGGAGCCAUUUCAUGGACCUUUAAAGAGUACCUACCACGCUUCGAAAACGACGACAAGGAAAUGCUGCUUCAACUUCGUCUGGACAAAGAUAAUCGCAUGCUUCUCGGUACAUCAGGCAAAGGUUUCGUCAUUUGGGAUUUUGGCAGCGAAGACUCAAGAAUCGAUGAUAGUGCUAUGUAUCUAUCUCUACCACAUGGUGUGCGUAAUAUUGCUACAAAAAUGAUGCAGUCAAAUUCAAUUAUGGUCAGUUCGAGUCUUAAUUAUGCUGUAGCUGGGGUUAGAAAGAAUCUUUACGUAUGGUGUCUGCAAUCAAAACAAUUGGCUAAAGUAUUAGAUGCGCAUUUCGGAAGAAUAAUCCAACUGGAAGCAUUGACAAUUGGUAAUUGGAACAGUGUCAUCACAUCAUCAAUUGAUCGUUCGGUGAAGGUUUGGAAUAUUAACAAUAUUUUUGAAAAGGUUCAUGUCAUCGAUAGACACGAGCUUCAGAUUGAUGGGAUCAGUUUGUCUUUGGUCGAUUUGGCUGUGACUGUAACACGAAGCUGUGUGGGAGUAUGGGAGACUCGGUCUGGACGUUUGUUAUCCAAAUUGGCCGAUAGUCCUUUGGGGGCCAUAGUAACUCAUGCUGAAAUCACGCCCGACGGGAAAUACAUAAUUUCCUCAGAGACUGGGAAGUUCUUAAUAUGGAACAGGGUCUCAGAGCAAGUAAUAUUUCGUGAUGACCAACCUGGAAUUCAGCAAAUAACAUUUCUGGAAGAUGGUGCUAAGGUCAUGACGGUAUCUUGCCCAAAUAUAAAUCAAAAAGACACUGUAGGAGACGAUGCUCAUCGGCUCACGGCUAUUACGACAAUGAGAUCAGUGCCAGAUGGAAAUAUUUUGUUUCGUUUCGAGUUUCCAGUUCGGACAAUACCUGGUUUACCGUUUCGACAAUCUGUCAUUUCAGCCGAUGAAGCUCAUAUUAUAUCAUGUGCAGUCGACAAAUCAAAUAAGGAUUGCAUAUCUGUGUAUAAUGCUUUAACUGGAAGUUAUGUUUCCAAGAUUUUACUCAAGGGCUGUGCGAUUAAGGAAGUAAUAGCUUUGGUUCCAAUGCCUCAUAAAGUGCAACAGGUUGCAGUAAUCAGCAGUGAAAAGGGCAGUAUCAUGGACAUUAAAAAUAAAAAGCACAUUCGUUCGAUUCCCAAAUGGGGAGGAAAUAUAACUAAAGAUGGCAAAUUCGGUCUUUACGCUCCCACCAGGGGUGGCUUGGAGCUACUCGAAUUACGUAAAGGAACCACAGUAAAGACUUUCAUUCCAAAAGUAGCUGAAGGAGUUUUUUCAGUGAUAUGUCUUUUCACUGAAAAUGAUGAGUAUGUAUGCUACUAUCACAGUGGUCGCAAGACUAUUCGGGUUUUUCGAACCAUCGAUACCGAAAUGAUUGCCAAUUAUCGACUUCAAGCUGAACUUACAGCUAUCAAAAGCACCAAGGAUGGACAGUGUUUGGUAUUGGGAACUGUUGAUGGUUGUAUGUCUGUGUUGGCUAUUGUUGAUCCAACAAAAGAUGCCAUGAUUGACUAUCUGAAUGAGUUGCCAUCGCGUGAUGAAAGUUGGAAAUUAAAAUUGGCCAAAAUGAAGGCAAGAGUUAUGUUUAAGGCUGCGAUUCGUGUAACAAUGGUGUCUAUACGAUUCGGAGGUUAUAAAAGUGCCAGCGAUCAAGAUCAAGAAAUAGAUGAUGAGAAUGGAGGAGGAGGUUCGCAUGAAGCAGGUUCUGAGAUUAUGGUCGCAGCUUAGUCAGUUAAAACUUGUAUUUGUU